AUGUCUCUGGAUCACUCAUGGAUGAACCAAUUAUUACAAGCCGCUCGCGAGCGUAACAUCGUCUUCUCGCAAGCUGAGCUGGACGAAAUCCAUGCCACGCAUCCACAGUCUCUGUUGGCGCGAUGGACGCAUCGUAACCUCUUCGCUAGUGACGACGCCUUGUUGUCGGCCGACGAAUUAGCCUUAUGGCAACGUCUGGAAGAAACACAGUUCGCACCUACGUCGAAGGAUGUCGACGAGAUAUCGAUCCCAACGACCGAGGAGGACUUCCGAUCGGCAAUAGCAGAGCUGAACGCGUCGACUCGAACUCUUGAGCGACGGACCAGGAUCCUCGACUCCCAGAACGCACUUGCAAGCCAAUUAGCAACCUCAGAAAAUGCCUGUAGGGGACAAAGGUCAAGGCACAGGCAGUACUUCAACCAGAAAGAAGCCGCUGAAGUGCAGCAUGUCAAGUUUGCCAAUGAUCAGCUUCUUGGCACGGUGCGCGCCGACCUUCAAGACCAAUCUGACGUCGUGGCAAAAGACGUGAAAUCCGUCCAUGCCAUUGUCGCGGACGUCCUGAACGCGGAUGAUCGCGCCCUCGACGAACUCAACGAGCUCUCUGCCCGCCGCCGGCCGGAACCGAGGACAGACACCGAAGCAGCCAAGGAACGUGUGGCCAGACUCACGGCCGCAUUGCAACACUUUCACACUCAAGCGAUCAAAGACCGUCUAGACCGCACGUACCUCGAAUCCCUGGCAGACAGUGACCUCGGUGCCACUGAGGCUGUAUCCACCGACGGUGUGCAGGACGUGCAGACUGAUCUAGGAUCGCUGUACACGGAAAUAGACGAUGUCGCAACCAUGUUUGUCUCACAUGAACACAGUGGGCAUAUCCAGUCCACGAUCUUCGAUAUCGACCGACGCGCCGCCGAAGAGCAGCACGCCCACACUGAGCUGGGCUACAGCAAAUUGUGCUCUCUAACGGAGACGCUGGACACAUUGUACACCAGACUUAAAACCCUUCAAUCUCGUCGGCUUGCGCUUCACGACCUCCGGUCCCAAUGUCAAAACAUCGCACGCCCUCCCAGCGUACCGACCGCUGCGACACGGCGCGAUGUCCCUCUGCACAAUUCUACCUUGGUUUCUUCAUCGUCACAACUUGGACGAGACGGAGAAGCCGCCUACCCCGCAACGUCCGGCCUGAUGGGCCAUUUCGGCCUCUCCUCCGACAGUGACGGGAGAACUUCCAUCCCCCUGCACGAACAAAUCCAGACUCUCGCCGCCACGCUGUCUGCCCAGUCCGCAGAAGAUGUCAACAAGAUCCUGGACAUCUCCGGGUCUGUGGUCCGCGAAAGGCAAGCGGCGCUGCAAAGACUAUCGGCGGGAUUGAACACCCGUUCCGAACCCGAUCUUGACCUUGAGAUGCGUGCUCUGGAGGACCAGAUUGCGGAGGGCCGGGCGAAGCUGGAGACUGCAACCAUACGCUCCCGUUGA